GCUUGCUCACAGCUGGACAGACCAUGAUGUCAACGGCGUUUUUGAUCAUGUUGGCUCUCUUCAUCUUUGGCUGUGUGGCCGUGGAGCUGAUAACUCACGAUGCAGACCUGAACUCCAUCGAGGAUACGCAACAGAUCAUCCUACAGCACUUCCCCAACUUGUUCACAUCCAUCUUGACAUUGCUUCAGUUUGUGACCCUGGACUCUAUCGCGGCUGUGUACUAUCCUCUGGUCGUGCACAAACCUUGGCUGAUUGUGUACUUUGCUCUCAUUAUGCUGAUUGUCUCCAUUGGCCUCAUGAACCUUGUAACGGCCGUGCUCGUUGAAAACGCCUUGGAGAAUGCUGCGCUGGAAGCAGAUGCAGAGCGCUUGAACUUAAAGCACAAGAUCAAGGACGCUUUGCCGACUCUCCUCGAGACCUUCGAAGAUCUAGAUGAAGAUGGUAGUGGAUUCAUCUCUCGAGAUGAGAUCGAAGGUGUGCCCGUCACUGUGAUACCGCCAAAGCUCUUGGAGAACGUCUCCAUCGACAGCAUGGUGGACCUCUUCGAACUCCUGGAUGUGGAUGGUGGAGGUCAGCUGACGCAGCAUGAGUUCGUCGAGGGCCUAUUGAAUCUGGUGCUCUUGGACGUUCCCAUCUCCACCAUCCAGUCCUUGCGCCUACUACGGUCCAUCAAGUUCAUCUCCUCUCAGCUCAGCGAGGAUGUGAAGCAGCUCAACGCGACGCUCCUGGAGAACAUGGGACACCCUGUACACUGUUGA